UGUCUUCCAAUUCUAUCUUCUUAGUUUCCCUUGUAGAGUCUAGUUUUCAUCCUUCAGUUACUCUUAAAAGCCAAGCCAAACCAAACCAAACAAACCAACAAAAAACAGAUAAAAGUCACAAUGCAGUUCUCAUUGGCUUAGUAGAUAUUUGCCAAGCUAGUGAAAAUUACACAUUAAUUUCCCCACAUAGGAUUUGGUGGGAAUAAAGUACAUCCCUUUGCUAUACUUGUGGCUUAUUAGGUAACAUAGGAUGUUACCCAUUUGUGGUUAUGUUUGUCCUGCUUCAUCCCAGCUCUUCCUGUGUGUGGUUCCUGAGGAGGGAGCAUCAUGAAUGCACAUUAGGAACAUUAUUGUUGUCCAUGAAUGUGUGUGUGUGUGUGUGUGUGUGUGUGUGUGUGUGUGUGUAGGGGCAGGUUGGAGAAGAAUGUCUCAGUGGUGAUGUAGCAAAGCCAGACCCCCCAAAGUGGGAUAAAUGGGGUUCUCCAAGCUGAGUAUCCUGGGAGCUGGCCCAGGCCAUGGCUAGGUUGAUGGGAAAGGAGACUGGGCUAGUGGCUUACGGGAUGAAUGUGCCUGAGCCUCUCUCUGGGCACAGACUGCUGGGAGACAGACUUGAAGCUGGCCUGGUGUGUUGGGAUUAAACCAUUUAUUUUCUCCUCUUUUAUUCCUCUUGGGUUUCUUUAUUCCCUCUCUAAGAUUUAGACAUCUGUACAACCCUGGGAUGGGGAGAAAGGCAUGGUGGCCAGUGUUCAUGACCUUUGGGGGAACUUCCCUCUCAUGCUCUCUGUGGUCUAAGGACUACUACAGAGUUGAACUACGGUAAGAAGGCCUCCUGUUUAAAUAGCUAAGGGGCCGCCCCUACAGAGCUCAGAAUUGUCUUAAAUAUGAAAAUAUCGAGUUCUGACACCACUAGGUAAAUCAUUGCUUAAUUUUGAGUAUUCAUAAACUAAAAAUAGAACCAUUUUCUUGCAUUAAAACCCUGUAUUAGGUCUCGUUAUCUGUAAUAAUUUCAUAACAAUGCAAGCUAUGGUAGUUGUGUUUUCUGUCAGGCAGUGGCAAAGCAACAUGAAAGUUUUUAGGAUUUGUAGUUGGCUUGCUUAACACGUAGAUAGGAAAGGGGUGAGAAAGGUGAAUGUGGCAUGUCCCCACAUUUCCCACAAUUUUAUACAUAAAAGAGAAGCAAUUCUCUUCAUGUGUAAUUAGCAAAGAUAAGCUUAUUCUUAACUUAUUUCUGAGUCGCUAAGUCACUUGGUUCGCCCUGUACAUUGGCUGAUGAGCGGUUAUAAUUAAGCUUUGGGCAGUUCUUUCCACAUGAAUAUUAAAGUAAUUCAGGUAUUUGAAGGUGUGACAUGGAAUGACUUCCUCUCUCAGUGGUUCAGUAGGUGCUGUGUCCUGGCCCCGUUAGCUGGCCCAGGAGUGUCUGCCGUAUAUACAUUCAAGCUAAGUGACCGCUCCUCAGCUAAAACCCAGGAGCACACAGACGCCAGAGUUAGCUUUCCAUUAAGGGAAUUCUUACAAGAAACUGGCCCAGGAUAAAGCAAAGACUAAGGGACAGAAAGAAAGCUUGAAUUACAUUAUUGCAAUAUUCUGCAAAAUCAGAUUUCGGCUUCUGUCCUGCUUCUCUUUGGAGCUGAAAACGCCUCGAGUUUCUCCCUGAGAAGCAUGAGCAAUUGCGGGACCCUGCCAGCUUCCAGCUCUCAGCCGGACGGACGAGGUGUGGAGUGGAGCACACCAGCUGCUGACGGAGGCAGGACCAGCAUGUCUCCUUCCUUCAAACUCCGGUGUCGCUUCAUCCUGAUCUUCCUGGUGGCUCUGAGAGGGGAGAGCCGAUACCUGGAGCUGCGGGAAGCCGGGGACCAGGACCCUUUCCUGCUCCUCAGCGCCCACCUGAAGCGGGAGCUGGCGGGGGAGCCGCUGUACCGCCGCGCUCUGCGGUGCCUGGACAUGCUGAGCCUGCAGGGCCAGUUCACCUUCACCGCCGACCGGCCGCAGCUGCACUGCGCUGCCUUCUUCAUCAGCGAGCCCGAGGAGUUCAUCACCAUCUACUACGACCUGGUCUCCAUUGACUGCCAGGGCGGGGACUUCCUGAAGGUAUUUGACGGUUGGAUUCUCAAAGGGGAGAAGUUCCCCAGUUCCCAGGACCACCCUCUCCCCACAACUGAGCGAUACAUAGAUUUCUGUGAGAGCGGUCUUGGCAGAAGGAGCAUCAGAUCCUCCCAGAACGUGGCCAUGAUCUUCUUCCGGGUCCAUGAACCAGGAAAUGGGUUCACAUUAACCAUCAGGACAGUUCCCAACCUCUUUCCCUGCAACGUCAUUUCCCAGACCCCAAAUGGAAGGUUCACCCUGGUGGUUCCACAUCAGCAUCGAAACUGCAGCUUCUCCAUAAUUUAUCCUGUGAUGAUCAAAAUAUCUGAUCUCACCCUGGGACACUUAAAUGGCCUGCAGUUAAAGAAACCUGCAGCAGGCUGUGGGGGGAAAGGAGACUUUGUGGAGCUGCUGGGAGGAAGUGGAUUGGACCCUUCCAAGAUGAUGCCUUUAGCGGAUCUCUGCUAUCCCUUUCAAGGCCCUGCCCAAAUGAAAAUUGGCUGCGACAACACGGUGGUGCGCAUGGUCUCCAGCGGAAAACACAUAAACCGUGUGACUUUUGAGUACCGCCAGCUGGAGCCAUACGAACUGGAAAACCCAAAUGGAAACAGUAUCCGGGAAUUCUGUUUGUCUGGUCUUUGAAUAACCAAUCCAGUGAUUUACAUGCUGCUAGCAAAUCCUGCUAGCAACCUAAGAAUCCAUGCAGUCACUUAUGUCACUGUUAAAAGUUUCUGACUUUUAACCCUCAUGAUCCCUUUAUGCUGCAUAGAGAAAAUGUUCUGAGAUAUUGAAGUUCUAACAGAGGACUUCAAGGCUAUAAAAGAAGUCAGAGUCAUAGGAUACAAGGAGCCUGGAUCCCUGAAUGAUCACAUGGAAGGCUGCUAUUGACCAGGAAUUGGACUUUGUGUGAAUGAGAAGUAAACUUUUAUUUUGUUAAGCUACUGA